GUGCCGCAGAAGCCCCAGGCGCCGGAGCCCCCGCCGCCGCCGAGCCUGGAAGCAGGAGCGGGUGCAGGGCCCCCGGAGGCGCCGGCGGAGCCCUACCGCGACGGCCCCAGGGAGGAGGACGACCCCAGUCUGGCUCCCGGUCCCCAGGUUCCCCCCACCUCCAGCCAGUCUGUGCAGACUUGCUGCUUGCUGUGUCACCGGGAACGCAAAGGCUGGGAAGAAGGCCCUUCCCAAAAUGGACUGGUGUUGCAGGGUGAGAAGCUGCCCCCUGACUUCAUGCCAAAGCUCGUCAAGAAUCUCCUAGGCGAGAUGCCUCUAUGGGUCUGCCAGAGUUGCCGAAAGAGCAUGGAGGAAGAUGAAAGGCAGACAGGUCGAGAACAUGCAGUGGCGAUCUCCUUGUCACACACAUCCUGCGAAUCGCAGUCUUGUGGGGGUGACUCUCAUUCCUCUUCAUCCUCCUCUUCAUCGUCCUCAUCCUCGUCCUCCUCCUGCCAUGGGAACUCAGGGGACUGGGAUCCCAGCUCGUUCCUGUCAGCACACAAGCUCUCGGGCCUCUGGAACUCCCCGCACUCCAGUGGGGCCAUGCCAGGCAGCUCGCUUGGGAGUCCUCCUUCCAUCCCUGGUGAGGUUUUCCCCAUCUCGGAGCACCACCGGCACUCAGACCUCACUGCUCCACCUAACAGCCCCACCGGCCACCACCCCCAGCCAGCGCUGCUGAUCCCAUCUCACCCCGGAUCCUUUGGCUCACCACCCCACCCGCACCUGCCGCCCACCACCCUGGCAGCACCUUUCCCUGCCCAGGUUUCAGAAUGCCCUAUUGCCAUGGCUGCUGCCCCCCACACCCCAGGGCCAUGUCAGAGCCCCCACCUUCCCUCCACUAGCAUGCCGCUCCUGAAGAUGCCUCCACCAUUCUCGGGUUGCAGCCACCCCUGUAGUGGGCAUUGCAGCGGGCACUGCAGCGGGCCCCUCCUCCCACCGCCCAGCUCUCAGCAGCUCACUAGCACUCACAGCAGGGACCCUGGGUGCAAGGGGCACAAGUUUACCCAUAGUGGCCUGACCUGCCAGCUACCCCAGCCCUGCGAGGCAGACGAGGGGCUGGGCGAGGAAGAGGACAGCAGCUCAGAGCGUAGCUCCUGCACCUCAUCCUCCACCCACCAGAGAGAUGGGAAGUUCUGUGACUGCUGCUACUGUGAGUUCUUCGGCCACAAUGCGCCACCCGCUGCCCCGACGAGUCGGAAUUAUACGGAGAUCCGAGAGAAGCUCCGCUCAAGGCUGACCAGGCGGAAAGAGGAGCUGCCCAUGAAGGGGGGCGCCCUGGGCGGGAUCCCUGGGGAGCCCGCUGUGGACCACCGAGAUGUGGAUGAGCUGCUGGAAUUCAUCAACAGCACGGAGCCCAAAGUCCCCAACAGCGCCAGGGCCGCCAAGCGGGCCCGGCACAAACUGAAAAAGAAGGAAAAGGAGAAGGCCCAGUUGGCAGCAGAAGCUCUAAAGCAGGCAAAUCGUAGUGUUUCUGGAAGCCGGGAGCUGAGGCCUGCCAGGGAGAGGCUCUUGGAGUGGCCUGAUCAGGAGCUGGAUCGGGUCAACAGCUUUCUGAGCAGCCGUCUACAGGAGAUCAAGAACACUGUCAAGGACUCCAUCUGCGCCAGCUUCAGUGUGUGUGAGCUCAGCAUGAACAGCAAUGGCUUCACUAAAGAGGGGGCUGCUGAGCCAGAGCCUCAGAGUCUAGCCCCCUCAAACCUCAAUGGCUCCUCAGAGCAAUGGCCUGACAUUAACCUUGACCUGUCCCCUUUGACUUUGGGCUCCCCUCAGAACCAUAUGUUACACGCUCCAGGCGAGCCAGCCCCACCAUGGGCAGAAAUGAGAAGUCUCCACCCACCAUGGACAGAGGUGAGGGGCCCCCCACCUGGUAUCAUCCCUGAGAAUGGGCUAGUGAGGAGACUCAACACAGUGCCCAACCUGUCCCGGGUGAUCUGGGUCAAGACACCCAAGCCAGGUAACCCUAGCUCUGAGGAGCUAAGUGUAAAGGAGGUCCCUGGUUGCAAGCAGGAGCUGCCUGAUCCUGUGGCCGCAGGUGGCAAGCCACGGAAGGGCAAGAGACAGGGUAGUCAGGCCAAGAAGACCAAGGUGAGCCCAGCUCCCCAGUCCCCAGCCUGCCUUGAGACUCCCAGUGCCAAGGGCCAGACCCCCAGCCCCAAGCAGCCAAGCAAGGCCCCAGAGCCUCCCAGAGUGGACAGCUGUGCCGAGGCUGGAGAAGGGAGCCAGGGGACCCGACCAGGACCAGGCUGGGCUAGCAGCCCCAAAGCUGACAAGGAGAAGGGCAGCUCCUGGCAAAACUGGCCAGGUGAAGCCAAGGCACAGCCUCUGGAGCAGGAGUCUGUGCAGCCCCCAGGCCCAGCAAGGCCACAGAGCUUGCCACAGGGCAAGGCCCGCAGCCGCCGGAGCCGCAACAAGCAGGAGAAGUCAGCCUCCUCCUUGGACGAUGUGUUCCUGCCCAAGGACAUGGAUGGGGUGGAGAUGGAUGAGACUGACCGGGAGGUGGAGUAUUUCAAGAGGUUCUGUUUGGAUUCUGCAAAGCAAACGCGUCAGAAAGUUGCCGUGAACUGGACCAACUUCAGCCUCAAGAAAACCACUCCCAGCACAGCUCAGUGAGCCCCUGCCAGAUCAAGCUUCUUCAGGGUGUCCUGAGACCCUGACCGCCAGCUGAAGGUCUACACCUUUUUCCUUCACAUCGCCACCCACCUGCCCAAGACCCUCCCUGCCAUCCCGGACCAACCAAAAGCUGAAUAGAUGCCGUGUGUGCUGGGGCCCCUCAGGAUCUCUGCAGAACCGCUUCCUGGUGCUACGCAGCCUCCACACUCAGAGCCCGGGGGCUGGGCUGGCCUUUGGGUUUGGGGGCUGAUGGUACUGCUGGCCCAACACUGCUUUGUGUUUGGUAUUUUGUUUUUGUUUUACUUGUUUUUUCAAUUCUUUUUGAUACUGUGAAGAUCUUUCCUGCCGAAAGAUAAAGCAACAUUUGGACAC